AUGUCCCACCAAGAGGACAAGGAAAAUGUCAAAGCUGUGCACGAAAUAUUCAGUAGCGAUGAUCCAGAAAGCAUCGAGUCAGAAACAGUCUUUGGGAAGCUGCUAGUUCCAUUUGUACGGGAGUACUUGAGAUACGACUACAAGCGCGGCAUUCCGGUGCUCCGCGGUUGGAAAACCUGGUUGGAACUAGAUCACACCAACGAAAACAACUUCAGUACACUUGAUGAUUACAUAACUUAUCGCCUUGUGGAUAUUGGAAUGUGGGCAUACCCGGCCAUGGCCGUCUAUCACAUGCAACUUGACAUCAAACCAGAGCAGAUGGACUCCCUCAAACAGGUCUUCUUCCUUAUGGAGAAGGCCAUCAUCUUCACCAAUGACUAUUGGAGCUGGCCAAAAGAAGCUGCCAAUUCCAGGAGAGGGAGUAAGAGAGUCAUGAACGCUGUCCUGGUGGUUAUGAGAGAGCUACAGAUAGACGAUUGCGAAGAUGCUCGCAAGAUAGUCAAGGAGAAGGCGAUUGGGUAUGAGAAGGAGCUUCUACGCUUGCGGAACCAGCUGUUCUCGCCUGAGUACCAGCCUCCUCUCACCAGUGACAUGCGCAGUUAUGUGGAUGCACAUUUGUGGAUGGUUUCCGGGAACAACCUGUGGAGCUCCACAUGCCCUCGGUACCAUUCGCAGAAGGUUCAUUGA